AACAGUUCCCCCACCCUCACCGUCCUGCCCCCCUCUAGUGAAGAGCUGUCCAGUACAACAACAGCCACACUGACGUGUCUGGCCAACAAGGGCUUCCCCUCAGACUGGACCAUAAGCUGGAAAGUGGACGGGACCAACAAGAAGCAGGAGGCCAGUCCCGGGGUCCUGGAGAAGGAUGGCCUGUACAGCUGGAGCAGCACCCUGACUCUCACUGCCCAGGAGUGGAUCAAUGCAGGAGAGGUGACCUGUGAAGCUCAGCAGAAAUCCCAGACUCCAGUCACCAAGACCCUGAGGAGGGUUGACUGUUCUGGGUAGGACCCCUCAAUCACACACCCCUGUGGAGAGAGGAUGCUGGUUCCUCUUCUUUGACUUGCUUUGUUCUAAAAUCAGUCAUUCUUCAAUCUAGUGAUCACUCUGGUGUAGACUAACAGGGGGCUUGGCUUGAGUUCAUGUGUCAAUCCAUUCUGUAGAUUGAGAUUUUGUUAGUUUUAGAUUUGAUGUGAUCUGUUUUUAUUCACUAUCAUGUUUGCUUUGAUGCUUUGAUUGUGUGAUAAUGGAUUAAAACAAAGAUUUCUUUUUGAAAUGCAUAUUUUUGUUGUUUUUAUUAAUAAACUGGAUCAUAGAUACUGUAUAUUUGCAAAUUCUGGAAAAAUAUGUAUUCAGUAAGGCUGAUUAAUGGUGUCUUUAACAACUGUCAAGUCUAAAACUCACUCUAACAUUAUAAUUGACCAGUAUUUCAUACUAUCACAAUAUACUGUGAUAUAAUAGAAGAGCUGCUGCCAUGGUAGUAGUUGACUGUCUUCAUUCAUCAGGAUACUGAGUCUGUGUCAGACGUGUUUGACUUGACAGACUUUACAGUAAUAAAAUAACAACUAUCAAACAGUCAACCGAUAUCUUGGACUCUCAAGUGUGUUAUAGGCUGUGAUUUGAAGCUAAAUAUAUAUAUUUUUAAUACAAAUAUUACAAGUGCCACUUCUUCAAGAUAUAGCAGUGUUUCCCAAACUCGGUCCUCGGGACGCCAAGGGGUGCGCGUUUAGUUUUUUGCCCCAACACUACACAGCUGAUUCAAAUUAUCAAAGCUCGAUGAUUAGUUGAUUAUUUUUUAUCAGCAGUGUAAAGCUAGGUCAAAAACCAAAACGUCCACCUCUUGGGGUCCCGAGGACCGGGUUUGGGAAACGCUGCUAUAUAGUGUAGUGACAGUCUUCUCUACCUCCAACCCCCUGGGGACAGAGUGAACAUCUGGUGACAGUGCUGCUCUAUUCUGGGACAAGCAGAACCACUCAGCCCUGUCUAUGUAAAUCUCAGUUUCACUCCCACAGAUACCAAUCUAGUAGUUGAACAGUUUCACUGCCUGAAAUACCCUGGACUGGGCCAGAUGUGAGGGAGUGGACUGGUUUUAACCUCUAUAGUGGAUUCAGGGAGGGACACAUAACAGAUAUGCCACAAUGUAAUUAAUGACAGAUAAAAUGGAUAUUAUACUUUACGUAGAUAGUGUAUUUAGUGUAGUGUCUCAUGUUUGAACCCAGCAUCAUGUCUCAUUCACAGAUCUAACAGUCAGUAACCUGCUCAUGAAAACAGUUAAUAUAAUGCUAGAAGAUCACAAUUUAAAUCACACAUUUGGUUGAGGUCCAUUUUGGAACUUGUUUUGGAGGGCUGAAGUGAUUGUUGAGGUCAGAACACCUUUUGUUUUACAUCUGUAGAUCUUGCUUUACAUAUUGGAAGGUAAUGUGUUUCAAAACUUCAAAGAAAUGUUAUAUACACUUAAAGGCCAUGACAAAUAUAACAGGUUAUAACCAUUAUGAUGAUAAUGAUGAUGAUGAUGGUCAUGUGAACUGACUGAUUGCUUUCUAAUCAUAUUGUCACAUGUCACAGUUGACCUCAUCUCGUGUUCCAUGUCACUGUCUCUUCCCCCUCAGCACCUGCAGUAGGUCCCAGCUGUAGCAGUACAGUCACUGUGCAGUCUGACUGAGGGAGGUUUUUGUACGUCUCUGUAUCACUGUGUGAACACAUAUUUACUAUUGAUGUAGUGGUAACUCUGACAGUAGUAAUCUCCUGCAUCUUCAGCCUGGACUCCACUGAUGGUCAGAGUGAAGUCACUAUGAGUUCCACUACCACUGAAUCUAGAUGGAGUCCCAGACUGAAGUGUUUUAGCAUAGUAAAUAAGGAGUUUAGGAGCUCCUCCAGGUUUCUGUUGGUACCAGGCUAGAGAGGGAUAAGAGGUCCCUGCUUGAUGCACAUCACUGCUGGUUUUACAGUUCAGAGAGACUGUCUGUCCUGGGAGAACAGCUUUCACUGCAGGGGUCUGAGUCACAGUGACCUGGCCUCUGGAUUCUGAAAUAGAUAUGUCAUGUAGAAAUAGCAUUAAAUUGUUAAUAUAUUUUUCCAUAUAGCAUAUGAAAUUAAACUGUAAUGAGGUUAUAUAGCCUAAUAGUGUAAUGGUCCGGGUCAUUUUCUGUCAAAUAUAUUACCUUGGAGACAGAGGGCAAAUAUCCAGAUGAAGAUGGUGAUAAAAGUCAUGGUUGUUGUGGGUUCUGUUGUCAUGAAGGACAGCUCUCAGUCAUGAAGUGUUAAACUCACAGGGAUAUAAACACUCCCAGACCACUGAAGCAUGUGCUGUCUAUGCAUAGCAUCAUCACUAUGCAAAUAAUCUUCUGGUCUUCUCCCCAUCCAUCAUUUUUCAGUAAAGUGUCCUACAUGUAAGUAGUCUUCCUGGACAGUCGGACGUGAUGUAGAAACAUGAUAGCUAUGUAUUCACUGAUAUGGUUUCUGAUAUAAGUGCUGAAUGGGGACUGAUAUAAUGACUUUAGACAUCUACAUGUCGAGCAUAACGUUAUUACUGUGUUAUUAGACCAGAUAGUAUCUGCUUUCUGUCUCCCUCCUGUGGUCAGGGUUAGUAACUGCAGUCUGUGUGUUGACCGUGUGAUGCUGCUGCUUUAACGGGGAGAUCUCCAGAGCUCUGAAGUCUCCAGUCUCUUGCUUCACCUGCUGCUCUCUGGAACUACCACAGUGGUGUGAGUGAGGAUGAAUGGGUAAUGUUUAAGGGCUUCAUUGUAUGUGUUUGAAUUAUGUUGAUUAAAUUCCAGCUAUUCAAAACAAAGGUCAUCUUUAGGGGUUUUGAUCAUUGCACAUCAUCUCUAUUAUGAUUGGUUGAUGGUUUUCCUUGAGUUAUUCAACAGAGUCAACAUGUAGUUAAUGGUCAGGAGAAACAUUUAAUGAUCAUUUAUGAUUUAAUGUUUUCUAGACAUAGCGGCAGGUAGCUUAGUGGGUAAGAGCGUUGUGCCAGUAACUGAAAGGUUGCUGCUUCUAAUCCCCGAGCUGACUAGGUGAAAAAUCUGUCGAUGUGCCCUUAAGCAAGGCACUUAACCGUAAUUGCUCCUGUAAGUCGCUCUGGAUAAGAGCGUUUGCUAAAUGAUGUAAAUAGCUCUAGUUUGACUCUUUUGUUGUUCAGCUCUACUAUACACUGUGUCAUUGUACUGGAUCAUCUCCUCCCCUCAGCACCUGCAAUAGGUCACAUCUGUAGCAGUACAGUCACUGUAAAGUCUGACUGAGGGAGGUUUUUGUAUCACUGUGUGAACACCCAGACACUAUUGAGGUAGUGGACACUGACAGUAGUAAUCUCCUGCAUCUUCACCUUGGACUCCACUGAUAGUCAGAGUGAAGUCACUCCCAGAUCCGCUGUCACUGAAUCUAGAUGGAGUCCCAGAGUUAAGAGUACUUCCUCGAUAAACAAGGAGUUUGGGAAUGGAUCCAGGUUUCUGUUGGCACCAGGCCAUACAGGGCAUAGAUUAACCACAGUUAGGAUGCGCAUCACUGAUGGUUUUACAGUUCAGAGAGACUGGCUGUCCUGGGAGAACAAUUUCCACUGCAGGAGUCUGAGUCACAGUGAUCUGUCCUCUGGAUUCUGAAAAAUAGAAUAAAAACAAUUAUAUGAAUAAAAUAUUUCAUAUAGUAAUACAUUGUUCUGAAUAUAAAUAUUAACAUUGAUAUACAUUUCAAUGGUGCAGAUGUAAUUAAUUUUCAACAGUAAAUUCUGAAAAGUGUAACCUUGAAAGCAGAGAGCAAGUGUCCAGAUGAAGAUGGUGAUAAAAGUCAUGGUUGUUGUGGGUUCUGUUGUCAUGAAGGACAGCUCUCAGUCAUGAAGUGUUCAACUCACAGGGAUACAAAUGAAAGUCUCAAAUCUAUUUCUGUUUCCAAGAACGCUCACAUCUUUAGAAUGUAUUUUAUCCUGCAUGUGUUAUCUUGUAUAACAUCAAACAGCAACUUUUUACUCAUAUCACUAAUGUAUGACGUUUUUUAGGCACAUCACCAUUGUAUUUUUAUUCUGAUGAUGAUCAGAUAUAAUUAACUGUCUGUUCACUCAUGCUUGGUCUCUUAUGUAAGUUCCUCUAAUCAGUUAGUGAACACUUCUCUAAACUAAAGCUGGUAGGAUUCCUCUGGUAGUGUUGUCUGUCCUCUGUGACUUUACCACCACUGUUAAAUCUGAGAUCAACAUCUUUAAUAAAGGAAUAUACAAUAUGGAUCACUAUCACUACUACUGCUGCUGUUGUCUUUCAUAUGGACAAUAUGGAGGAAUACUAGCAACACUGGAUCUAAUGCUGGACUGUACCUCCAGACUAGGAGAACACCUGAUACACAGAAUAAGGAAAAAAUACUCAUAUCUGGUUUUAAGAUGCAAUUCAUAUUUGUAUUAUCUAGAAACAGCUUAUAUGAAGUGUUUGUUCUACCUGGAAGAUGUUAAAGUGUAUUUGUGUUGAUGAUGAUUCAGUAUGAGUGAUCUUCACUGUAACAGCUGCAGCAUCACAACACAGAGAGGUUUUUGUAUAAGCAGUAAUAGGGAUUGUAUCACUGUGGUGGACUUUUGGUAGCGGCACCAGACUUGAUGUUGGAAGUAAGUAAACAACAAAAUUAACUGUUUUAUUCACCUUUUGAUGUCGUGUUUCUAUAUCUAUAAAUUUAGCCUCGAUAUUGGGGAUUUUUUUACUUACUUUCUUUACAUGAUUUUGGGAAGAAAUAUACAAAGCCUACACAUAAUAUGGCCAAUUUUAAUAAGCAUGUUAUUACAUCUAAUUAAAUUUGACCUGCCUUUAAACGAUUAGGGUGAUUAGCCUACAUUUUAGAUUAGGAGUAUGAAUAAACAUACUGCACCUUCUAGGAAAUGUUCAAUAAACAGUUUUAGUAAAAAACACUUUAUGUCAAAUGAACAAGAUAAAAUCAUAUUUGGCAAGUAUUCAUACCAUAUUAGAGUCAAUGAUUUCAACCCCAGUCUAAAGAAAUUCAGCUUGCCCAAUGGGCAGGAGUUUUUUGUAUAAACAGUAAUAGGGAUUGUAUCACUGUGGUACACUUUUGGUAGCGGCACCAGACUAGAUGUUGGAAGUAAGUAACAAGCUCUCUUGAUAUUUAUUUCUGAUUACACUUAUUAAGUAUGUUAUUCUUACACUCUGUGUCUAUGAAAAUAUUGCGAUUUUAGAUUUUCAUGUUUUAAAUUAAUUUUGACUGAGCCUUCUUUCAAAUAACAUUUUUAAAAAUCUAAAUGUUAAAUUGUAGGUUUAUUUGUAUGUCUGAUUUGUAUGAUUGCAGAAAUAACUCUUAAUUCUGGUAUGAUGACAAUUUAAUAGUAUUGGAUAUAGUAGUCAUUAUUGUUGCGUUGAGUUCAUGGUAGCCUUCACUGUUAGUGUGAAGACAAAGGGUCUCAGUUAUGUUUGUAACCAACUUCAUGAACUAACAUGGUUGAUAUGUGAUUAAAACUAAUUUAUGCUCAAAUUCUGCAAAUACUAUGAAUAUGAGAAGGCUAUUCUGAUCAGAUCAAUUCCUAAAUAAUAUCUGUAUGACUUGUAACUUAUUUAAUACUUGUUCGGUUCAUUAAUCUGCUUUAUCAUAUUACAGUUUGUGUUUUCUCCACAUCUUUUACCAAUCUAACUUUUACAUUAAUAUUUAGAGGGCAUUUCCAAAUCACUUUAUUUUGAUGUGUCAUUUGCUGAAGAUAAUCUCUUACUGUAACUGUACUUGAUGUAGUUACUUAGUUGAUGUGUUCUGUUUGUUCCAGGUAACAGUGUCCCCACCCUCACCGUCCUGCCCCCCUCUAGUGAGGAGCUGUCCAGUACAACAACAGCCACACUGACGUGUCUGGCCAACAAGGGCUUCCCCUCAGACUGGACCAUAAGCUGGAAAGUGGACGGGACCAGCAAGAAGCAGGAGGCCAGUCCCGGGGUCCUGGAGAAGGAUGGCCUGUAUAGCUGGAGCAGCACCCUGACUCUCACUGCCCAGGAGUGGACCAAUGCAGGAGAGGUGACCUGUGAAGCUCAGCAGAAAUCCCAGACUACAGUCACCAAGACCCUGAGGAGGGUUGACUGUUCU